GGCCAUGUCUCGAGUGCAUGCGUCGAAGCGGUCACAAUCACGCCGUGCAGACGUCUUCAUAUGGUGGCCUUCGACUCCUACAUCUGAAAUUAUGGCUUGUUUCAGCUCGGACAUUGUUGGUUCCGUCACGGGCAGUACUCUAGUCCGCUGGAUCAACAUGAUCUCCCGCCUUGGUGGGGUCGACGCAAUGGAGGUCAAACGUGUCUCGUGGCGACGCAAACGCCCUUUUAGCUUCCGUCCCGAACCUCUCGAAACUAUCCCGAUCUCCGAUGUUCUAGGCCCCGGGGACUAUGGUUGUUACUACAUGGGUAGAUCGGCGAUCCUUCAUUCCCUAUCACUUCCCUUCAAUGCCUCCUACUCUGUCGUGUCGCUCGAAGCAAAGAAGCAGAUGUUUAUCGACAUGACACCAACACCCGGCACCGCUUAUUAUGAGAUCACCCAGUACAACAUACCAGAUACACUCCGCGAUCAAGCUUCUGCGCGUGACGAGGGCAAGUGUAUCUUUACACAAUCCGAGUCGGGAAGUAGCCCUGUAGAUGUGCAUUGGAUUUAUCCCCCGGCAUGGUCCGCUACGUGCAUCACAACCCUGGGAGUAGAGAGAUCAAAGCUCUUACUCAGAGCCAAAGGUUUCCAGGACGUCGACAAUUUGGUGACUAUGCGAAGCGAUAUCUACAAACUGUGGCACUCGAAUGCGUUCAGCGUCGAUGUAGAUGGUGAGUACCGAGUCCGAAUAUUUGACGCAGCGGCCAUAGGCUGCGGCCUGCCUUCUCGCCUUGAGAAAAUCCCGGCGGGGACCAAGUCAGGCGACUUCUUCCGUGAACACUUUCGUCACACCUUGUGUGUUCACUUCGUUGGCGGUGACAUUACUGCCGACUAUUCACAUCGGAAAGUCCAGGAAUUUCUCGAGGAGAUGGGCCUUGACGAGUUUGACGGGGAAGCUACGAUUGAGGAUAUCAAUCUCGAGGACGAGAGAUGGCAAACAGUGAUCGGACAGGAGAUCCUUGAGGACGUGAUGGAGAAAAAGCUGAGCGGCCUACAGUGAUCGGACAUAUAGGUCGUCGAAAGCAAGGGCUGAGAUAGUCCUACAAUGUGGGUUUGUUGCACUAUCUCAAAUGCACUAUCUCAAAGGC